GUUCUUCGGGCCAGUGCUUUGUCAAAUUGUGGACUGAACAUUCCAAGAAUCCAAUUUGGAGCGUUGUCUGAUUCUGUUUCGAUCCAUUUUCUUUCCCGUCGCCAAAUCGCGCUUAGUGUCCAACCAGCUAUACAGGUGAAGCCCUGGCAGCUACCGUAAGUAUGCAACGAAUCAAGUACCGAUACUCCGCACUGUAUAAAGAAAUCGCCGCCUUCCCAGCACUCGCCAAUUUCCAACGAUAUACGGAGGAGUGGGCCUGGAUAUUAUAUAAUGACAGCUUGGAUAUUAAGCAGAAGAGAAAAGAAUGUGAUGAUCUCAUUGCGGACAUUAAGGGGUUUCCGCGCGGGAAGCAAGUGUUCACCGUCACAGAUUGGCACCCGAUCCACCCCGAGGAGGAAAACCCUAUGUUGACAGAGAAAGUGCAUUCGUCGACUAGCAAGCUGAAUUUUAAAGGCAAGGACCUUCUCCUCGCCUAUGAGGUAGCACAGUUGCCUAGCCAGCGCAAUCUCUUUGCGAAACGCUUUCGGGAUUAUCCGAAUCUCUUCAAAGAUGAGGUGUUUGGGCCGACUGGAGAAAGCGAAGAGAUUUACAAGCAAGUUCCAGCACAUUCCGACACAUGCUCUUUGAAGGACAUUGCCCGGCAAGAUCCCGUCACCGAAUUCUUCAUCAACAAUCUCGAGUCGAUGUACACGUGGGUCAGCGAAUAUGUUCUGAGACGUGGGAAGAAACUAAAAGAUAAUCCGGAAAUGGCGGAGAGAGACGACGGCGUUGCGGUGGCCACUAUUUCUGCCAUCGUCGAGGUACUCACCUGCUUAUGUGUCCCUCUUUACAUGACUAUAACAAUGUUCUUAUUGUCAUGUUUUCGUUCUACGAAAGUUCAAAUCGCGAUCCUUGCUCCCUUUGGAACAUUUUUCGUGUUCUCGUUGAAAGUAAUGGUUGGACCUCUUCCACGAUAUGAGUUGUUCGCGAUCACAGCGCAGUACUUGGCAGUUCUUGGAAUAUUUAUUGGAGCCUCGUCGACUGGUCGUUGACUGUUCGAAAUUCUUCCUUGAAACCUUGGCUGUGGGUGGGUGGAGGAAUUCAUUUCAGCCUUGGCUCAAGAUUAUAUGCUGCUCCUCCUCAGUCG